AUGAUUCGGCCGCGUCCAUCGAUCUGUGGCCGCUGUCUCGCGCGCAAAAGACUGUUUACUACAAGCAGCUGCAAAUCAGAACAAAUACAAAAUGCGCCUCACCCACCGGAUGUCGGCUACUCCCGGCUCACUAACCGGGGCCUUAUAUCCAUCACCGGAGCCGACAGCACCUCUUUCCUGCAAGGAUUGAUCACUCAGAACAUGCUGGUGGCCAAUGACCCGAAUAAGAGAGUCCGCCAAACCGGUACAUAUGCUGCAUUUCUAAACUCGCAAGGUCGCAUUCUGAACGAUGUCUUCAUCUAUCCACUCCCGAGCCCGAACGGAGACCAUGCCGAGCGAGAAUGGCUAGUUGAAGUUGACCAGAACGAGCUAUCCACCUUGUUGAAACACCUCAAAAAACACAAGCUUCGCGCAAAGCUGAAAUUGCGUGCUCUUGAUAUGGGUGAGCGAACUGUUUGGUCCUCAUGGAAGAAUCACUCCGAACCACGCUGGGCGGCGUACAAUCUCGAAGCGGAAACUGCGUCCCCAUUUGCGUCCUCGCCGAAUGUAGUUGGAUGCAUUGACUCACGAGCUCCCGGCUUCGGGUCCCGUCUCGUCACUCCGGGAUCAGAAGACCUGCGCAGCCACUUGCCCGACGAGUCGCAACUUGCUGGAUCCGAGGUGGAUCUGGAUUCGUACAUUGUGCGUCGAAUACUCCACGGGAUAGCAGAAGGACAAGGCGAGAUCAUUCGGGAAUCAGCAUUGCCUCUGGAAUCUAAUAUGGACCUGGGUCGCGCCAUUGACUUCCGGAAAGGCUGUUACGUGGGCCAGGAAUUGACCAUUCGUACGCAUCACACGGGUGUGGUGCGGAAGCGUAUACUUCCCGUUCAGUUGUACACUGGAGCGGCCCCUUCAGCGUCUGGUCCAAUCUACGACCCCUCAGCGCAGAUUUCACUGCCAGCUCAGGGAUCCAACAUCAACAAAGCUGGUGGUCGCCGGGGCCGGAGCGCCGGCAAAUUCUUAAGCGGCGUCGGCAAUAUCGGCCUUGCGUUAUGUCGACUGGAAAUGAUGACUGACAUCGCCCUGACCGGUGAGGGAUCACAAUAUUCUCCUGACAACGAGUUCAAAGUCUCGUGGGAAAAUCAGUCCGAUCAACAACCGCAAGAAGUCAAGCUGCAGGCUUUCGUGCCAGCCUGGACCAGAGAGUUCAUUCUUGCCGGAAGCGCCAAAAAAACACCCGCACGUUCAGGCGAUGUCGAAGGCGAGCGAGCACGGACUCUCGUCGAGCAACUGGAAGAGGAGGAAGCGCAACGGCGAGAAUAA